GUCCCUUGAAGCCCGGGGGCAGAAGUUGCGUGCGGAACAACCGGGCGCACAAACACCACGGAAGAGCACGCGGAAGAGUUGUCAAGGGGGAAGGGCACACAAACAUCCACCAACUAAACCUCCAUCUCGCAACACGUUGCCAAAGCGUGCAGUGUCCGACGAGCUGCCCACCGGACAGCUACCUGCAAAGCCCGCUCGAUCUCGGUUACGCCGACGAGUACGAUGAGUCCGACUCGAAUGAGCGCGAAAAGCGCGCGAUCGCCAUGAACACCAAUGCGCACGGACCGAUCAAGAUCAUCCCGAGUGCGCUGCAGUUCCCGUACGCCAACAGUGUCCAGCGGCUCCAUCGGCAUCUGGCCAAGCGGGACACGAUCGAAUCGCCCUCCGCCGCCCAAACCGACUACGCCGAGCUGCAGCAACUCUGCUGCCCACGGUGCACCUGUCUGCCCUGCCCGGAGCAACCGGUCUGUCCGCCCGACACCAAGCCACUGAUCGUGGACCAGCAGGAACUGCAGCACGGUCAGCCGGGCAACUGCUGCCCGGCCGUACACUGUCAGCCCGAACCGGUCAUGUGCUUCUCGAGCACUCAUCGCACCUCCUACCCGACCAAUGCCACCUGGCAGGAGGAUGCGUGCACCGUUUGCCGGUGCGAGGCCGGCGAGCCCAAGUGUCAGACUUCGCUCUGCAAACCACUGAACUGCGAGCACAAGCUGGAGCUGCCCAACGUGUGCUGCCCGGUGUGCGAUCCGGCCAAGUCCAUCUUCUGCGAGGAGCACAACUGUGCGAUCUGGUGCAAGUACGGGUACGAACGGCGCACCGAUGGCUGUGCGCUGUGCAAGUGUCUCACCUCGCCGCUGCCUGCAGCGCCGAUCGAGGUGAUAGUCGCGAGUACUACCGCCAGGACGAGCCAGGACGAGCUGAGCCUCACGGUCGACGGUCACGCUGGGGACGCUUUGCAGGACGGCAAACAGGAAACGGCGGACCGGACGGAUGGUUGGUUCAAUGAUUUGCGCAUUGUGUUGCUGCUGGCGGGUGCCGUGCUGCUGCUGCUCGUCAUUGUUACCCUACUCUAUCGGCAGGUCACCAUCGAGAGCGUGAAGAAGUGGCUCAAGCUGCUGUUCCGCUGCAACCAGCUGCCGCAGCGCAAAACGGCCUACAACCGGGUGUCCAGUACGGCGCCACCGAUCGCGCCUACUCCUGCUCCGACCGGUGUCCAAGCGAACGACAGCAGUAUGGCCUAAAGUAAAGUUUUGUUUUGGUUUUUUGACAGAUAGGCAGCAUAUUGCUCCUUUUCCUUUUCCCAUUCGAUUGAGUUUCGAGAUUUAGUUAUGUAGCUUUUAAUUUUCUUCUUUGUUCGAAUUUUUGUUCGACCUACAAAAGGUCACUCUAACUGUCACUUUGUUCUUCAGUAUCGUUCUACGAAACGAUAUUGAUUGAUGAGAGAAGAGUUAUGAUUCACUUUAAUCUACAUGUUUCUACAUCAAGAAUGGUGCGCCUUUGAAGGCUCGCUAUUUCUUCUAUUUAAUAUUAUUUCUACCUUUCAAUCGACACGUUCUUUCUGUCCGUGAUCAGUGACCUGUGAUCCUGAUCGCACAAGAGCACGGAAAACGAUUUAGAACACUAAAUAAUCUACCAACCAUAAUUUGUGAUAGUAAUUAAAGUAUGAGAAAAACGUAAAAUUGAUACAAAUGAAAGCAAGCAAAAACAAAACGCAAAAAAAGUGAAACGAAAGUAUCGGAAAAGCCAACGAGCAAACGAGCAAUGAGGUGUGCAAACGAAAAAGAAGAAUAAAAAGAAAAGAAAGAAGAAGAAGAAGAAGAAGAAAAGGAGGGAGAAGUAGAAAAAGAAGAGAAAGAAGGAUAAAAAGAAGAGGAAGAAGAAGACAAGGAAGAAAAAGAAACAAGCAAACUACAAACUAUAUACAACAAUGCAAACAGAGCUAAUCCACACAAAAAAUGGGAUGAGUUUGAUCUCUACCGAAACUAGUUAAGAAGACGGAUUGGCUGAUUGGAGAAAGCGAAAGCGAUAUGUUUGACGAUGAUAAUGAUAUUUCAAGUGAAAAAAAAAGAAAACAAACGCGCGGAACGGCUGCGCAAACCGUCAAGCGUGUUGUCGUUGUCAGGUGCGUGAAGUUGUGUUAAUCUUAAUACUAUACAAAACGUAAAACAAAUACGUAUAUUCUUACGUUAAAUAUGCUCUUAGAGGUUUAAUUCUAUAUAUUUAUUUACAUACUGCAUACUGAAUUGGAAAAGCAAACCCUCCCUCCCUCCCGCGACACGAGUAAACGAACCCUAAGGAAGUUGAUGCGACAAAACAAACAAGCAAAGUAGUAUGGCAGUUAGAAAGACGAGACUCCUGAUACUAAUGAUAGUGUUGCAAAUGAGAAUGUUUUUAUUUUUAUUUUACUGCAUAAAAACUGUAAUCGAACGAUUGAGCUGAAUUGUGAUGAACGUGUUUUUGUUCUUUCUUUCGCCAUUUUGAUGCUUGUGUUAAGCUUCCGAAAUCCGAAUUUGACGUGUUUCUACAUGCCAUUGUCUGCUGAGAAAGGUACGAUUGGGGUGUUUUUCGAUGAAAUCACUAGGUAUUAUUUUAAGACAUGGCAACAAUAAAAGAUGCCAGCUUUUUUUUUUGCUACACUAAAUAUUGUUUUUCUUUAGCAAGAAAAGCUUAAGAAGAGUUUGAUUUUGUCUUUCAAAUACACUUUACACUUCAGUUGCAAAUUAUAGCAAAAACUGAAGAAAAAAUUAAGGUGUACACAGUACAGUUUCGUACUUGUGACUGCUGGUCAACUGGGACGAUCGGCUUCCGUUCUGAAGGAGGCAAAUGAAUCGUCACAGAGCAGCGUACGAUAUAAAGUCGUUACAAUUUCAAGCAUAACUGUAUAGACAAAAAGGAUAAUGCAUGAGAAGAAGAGAGCGAGCAGAAAAGUGACAGGGGACAGUGUAAUAUAUUGUGGUCAUUUAGGACGUACACAUACACACACAACAAGAAUGGGAAAGAAAGAUUAAUCAUUGUUGCGAAAAUGAUAUGCUAAAAACACAAACAAUCGAUGCUUCCAACAAAACAAAAAAAAACAGAAAACAAAGCGCAACAGUACCAUUGAGCUGAAAAUCUAUCCAAAAUUAUAAUACAUAAAUACAAAAAUCAAUAGGAACAAUGAAGAAAAGUAUAGCAAAAAACCAGGAACCAGACGAUCGUAGGUGAGUAUAAGAAACAUACGACAGAAACAGUGCAAAAGUUCCUGCAGACCACACAGCUACACACUAAAGCGCAUUCUAAAUGUUCUAACAUUUCGACCAUCCCGGUUUAAGCUAAGGGGUUUUAAGACAAGCUUUCCCAAAACUAUGCACAAACAUACAUACACACACACAUACUAUCCUGUCACUGCAUAUCACUUCACACGCUAGGCAGAUCAUUUAUCAAAAAAUCGCCCAUACUGUCAUACAAAAACGGCAAACAGAUGAGAUGCUCCUCAUCGUCGCGGAACAGUUUGUGUAGGUAGUACGGAAAGAAUGGGAAACAAUUUAUCUAACACAUAUAUCUAACCCGAAAAACACAUGCAUACUUGCUACCUAAAUGUUGUCGCUUGUGCUUUAUUACUCUGCAUAUCCCUUUCUACACGCACUCACAGCAGACUCGCCUCACACCUCAUAUUCAUCGAACACUUUGCUUAGAAACAACCAAAAAAUUCUCGAGCUGCAUCAAUGACCAUAUUUUCACCCCAUCCCUCACAUACUGUACAUGUAUUGGUACGCAAACAGCAGUCAAAAAACUGCAUUUACCACACACAUACAAACACAGAUGAAAAGGUAGUGGAGAAUGUGGAGCUGUACAGAAGAUAGAGAAAGUUCAUUGCAAUAAAAUCCCUUCAAGCUGCUUACAUUAUUUACUAUCGUUUCAGCUAACAAUACAAAAAAAAGGAUUUUGUUCCUUACUUUCCACCAUAUUCCCUCAAAUUAAUAGGGUCAGUAUUCUAUAAAAAAAUCACACACACACACACUUUAAAAUACAGCUUAUGAUUAUCAAUUAUCACAUAUUAUCCCACCUUUGUUGUUAAACUUGUAUUAUCACUUUACAAUUUCCCACCACCCCGUAAAGCCUCCAAAUACAAAGAGGUAACAUACAAUAUAACACAACGCUUGACAUGUAUGUAUAAAUGGAACAGCAAAUGCUUCAGGCUUCAAGUGUCAAGGCGAGAGAGACGUUAAAAUCCUUUUGUGAGUAAAAGGAGACAGUUAAAUAAAGAAACGCUAUCAAAUAUAUAACAAAAAAAAACAACAAACAGAAGAAGAAAACAAUACAAGAAAACAAAUCAAACCAAUCGCUAGUGAUGCUUUUCCUGAUCAAACAUCCUGCGCAAGCAGACACGGGGGUGAUGAUGAUAUAGACAAAUUGGGGUUGGGAUGGGAAACCCAACCCGCGCGUUAGGAGAGAACAAUUCGCUAUUAAACAACAAAACCAAUGGUUUGCGAUGACAGAUGAUGAUUAUAUUAUUGUGAAUAGUUAUCGAGCGAAGCGGGAAGGAGGCAAGCAGGAAGGGAGGUUAUGUAAUUUGUAAAAAGGAAUACAAUAUACAGCUAGAAACGUAAGAAAUAUAUAAGCAUACGAAUUCGGAUGAAACCUAAGUAACGAAAACCGUCAA